ACACUUGAACAAUUGCAGUGUUUCGUGCAAGGUCAACUUCUUUGGUAGUUUUUUACAUAACCGCAUUCAUUAAUAAACGCAAUUUUCAUGUAGAAAGAAGCAAAAAAACACAAACAAAAGCGAAAAAAGACAAAACAAAAAGGACAAACCUAGAAAAGUAACAAAAAAAAAAAAUAAAUAUAAAUAUAUAUAUAUAUAUAAAGAAAAAUGCAAUUUAAUACUUUAAAUAUGAUCAACGGUAUUGGGCUGUUACUUAUUGUGGCCUGUUGUUUAUCUGUGGCCGAAAGUACAUUUGUGUGUCCUGUUCAGCAAGCGGAUGAUUCGUUUGCAUUGUUAUAUCCAUCGCCUACAAAUUGCAGCCAGUUUUACGAAUGUGUUCGCGGUGUAGCUCUACUCUACUCUUGCCCCGUAGAUUUACACUUUAAUAGCCGCCGAAAGGUUUGCGAUUACCCGCAAAGGGCAAAGUGUCAGUUGCUGCAGCGGACAGCUUAAAUGGAAAAUUCUCCCAACGCAGCCAUUCAAAUAAAUGACGGCAUUAUUUGACUUUAAAGGAUGAUUGCUUCUAUCUUCUUUUUCUUCUCCUUUUUUUUUUUUUUUUUCUUAUGUCUUUUCUGUUUUCAAUAUCAAU